UUUUUUCCUUUUCCGUCGUUUGCAGUGAUAUUUCCUCGGGAGUCGUGAGAUGACGGUCUAUGUUUCAAAAGCCCAAACAUUUAACAUUAUCUAGAUAGAACAGUGUAGAACAAGGAAAGAAGAAGAAUUGGAAAAUUUAUCAGAAUUUCGGUUUCUCUUUUCCAUGGCUAUCUCUACAUCGUUUUGCGGGCCCAUUUCCUCUUUCAAUGCUACUAUCAGUUCGCCGUCUCUCUGUUUCUUCAAACCCCUCUACCACCACUUCAAACUUGAUUCUUCCUUGGCCAUCGUCAAAUGUUGCUCCUCUCACAUUGGCCAAUCUCCAGACCACAUGAAUGGCAGGCAACCUGAGUUAUCUCCUAUAGCUCCUUUUGGUGUCACAAUGACAAAUAAUGGAACAUCUAAACCAUCAUAUAGAUGGCGUAGGGUACUGCUUAAAGUUAGUGGGGAGGCACUAGCAGGAGAUCAAGCACAAAAUAUAGAUCCCAAGAUCACAAUGGCCAUUGCGAGGGAGGUGGCAGCUGUCACUAGACUUGGCAUCGAGGUUGCAAUAGUUGUUGGUGGAGGUAAUAUUUUUCGUGGAUCCUCCUGGGCAGGAAGUAGUGGACUGGAUCGUUCAUCUGCUGAUUAUAUUGGGAUGUUGGCAACUGUUAUGAAUGCAAUAUUCUUACAAGCUACAAUGGAGAGCAUUGGAAUCCCCACUAGAGUCCAGACUGCAUUUAGAAUGUCGGAAGUUGCUGAACCAUAUAUCCGUAGAAGGGCUGUUAGGCAUCUCGAGAAAGGGAGAGUAGUAAUUUUUGCAGCAGGAACUGGAAAUCCCUUCUUCACGACAGACACUGCUGCAGCUCUGCGUUGUGCAGAGAUUAAUGCUGAGGUGGUGUUGAAGGCAACAAAUGUUGAUGGAGUCUAUGAUGACAACCCUAAGCAUAAUCCUGAUGCUCGUCUUCAGGAUAACCUGACUUACCAUGAUGUAAUUUCAAAAGAGCUCUCGGUGAUGGACCUGACUGCAAUUACUUUGUGCCAAGAGAAUAACAUCCCAGUUGUCGUUUUUAAUCUCAAUAAAACAGGUAACAUUGCUAAAGCCAUUACAGGAGAGAAGGUUGGCACAUUAAUUGGUGACACAUGGAAUACCGAAGCAGCAGUAUCUUAAGAGGGCAAAAAGUCUGUUUCAGCAGCUGGAAGUUUGAUUGCUAGUUUUAGCAUUUCAACACACUCAGAGAGCUCAUUUUUGGCAUAUUGUUCCAAGAAAUUGGUAGUCAAAGUGUUAGUGAAUUAUGUGCCCUUUGCCCUUCGAAAGCCAUGGAUUCGAAAGUACUGAAGAUAAGCAUAUAAUUUUCCAGAAUUUAACAUAAAUGCUGAUACUGGAUACUACCCACUUGGAAUUUUCAGAGCUUUUCUUGAAGUGCAAAACUAGGUAGCCAAGAGUUCUUUGACCUGUAAUGCUAUUUUAUGUCAACAUUUAUAUUCUUGCCCCUAACAUAUUUAUUCACUUAGGGGUUGUUUGGUUUGAAGUAUAAUCUAUCUAUAAGAAUUAUGCCUUAUAUUUGGUUUGAAGUAUAAGAAAAUUUACUGCCUAAAUAAAAUUGCUUACUAAUUAUAUAGCGUUUGUUUUUUGAUACAAAAUGUUGCAUGUCAGUUAUAAUCUAUG